ACCAAACACAUGUUUCCUCAUAGAAAGAAAGAAACAACGUUGUCGUUUUAGACAAACAUCACCUCCUUAUUUCUAGGUCCGAGGUACAAGGAAACAAAGAGGGUUUAGAUUCAUUGCGUCUAAUCUAUUUCCCUCUCCGCGUAUCAUUUUCUAAAGGGUUUCAAUUUCAGGUACCAUAUCAAGCUCCAUUUUCAAUUCCAGGUUGUCCCUUUAUUAGUUAUGGCAGUGAAGCCGACAGUUGCAUUAAGAGCAAUCCUUGUUGGAGGCAUAGCGGCAUUUGCUAAAGUAGCAGGUGUGAUGAAGGCUGCAGGUGGCGUAAAGGUUGGUGCGGCUGCAGCUGCCAUGACAGCAGCAGCAACUGCAGCUAUGGCUGGUUCAAAACAAGAGCAAAAUGAUGCUUCUCAACAGCCCACAAAAUAACUGUCUUUUGGAAAGUUUAUGUAGCAUAGUUCAAUACCCGGUUAGUUAAAUUUAGUUAAAUAAACCGAAGGAUAAGAGGCCAUAUGCAAAUUUUAGUUUUUACAGAUGAGAAUGUAUUAACCUCUGGAAGUCUUUAGUGUAUGAUUUCAUUACAUUUGUAAAAUUCCUGAAAUUUUAGAUGGAAGUUGUGUAUUUUUGAGACUAACUCCAAUUGAGUUGUUUGACUAUUAUUGAUAAAACUAUUUAUCUGAUAA